GUGUUCUUGAGGCGGAUAGUCUCGGCGCUCGGAUACGGAGAGGGGAGUCUGGAUACACACUUGGAAAGAGAGUUUGCGUUCUCUUAAGUGCUCAUCAUGCCGGUUUUUCACACGAAGACGAUAGAGAGUAUCCUGGAGCCGGUGGCCCAGCAGAUCUCUCAUCUGGUCAUCAUGCAUGAGGAGGGAGAGGUGGACGGGAAAGCCAUCCCGGAUCUCACCGCUCCUGUGGCCGCUGUGCAGGCAGCUGUCAGCAACCUGGUCCGGGUGGGCAAAGAGACGGUUCAGACCACCGAGGAUGCCAUCAUGAGGAGAGACAUGCCGCCUGCCUUUAUAAAGGUUGAGGACGCGUGCACUAAACUGGUUCAGGCGGCUCAGAUGCUGAAGGCCGACCCGUAUUCUGUCCAAGCCAGAGAUUAUCUGAUCGACGGGUCCCGCGGGAUCCUGUCCGGAACCUCCGACCUGCUUCUGACAUUCGAUGAGGCCGAGGUUCGUAAGAUCAUCCGUGUGUGUAAAGGGAUUCUGGAGUAUCUGACCGUGGCUGAGGCGGUGGAGUCCAUGGAGGACCUGAUCACUUACACCAAGAACCUGGGACCUGGUAUGACGAAGAUGGCCAAGAUGAUUGACGAGCGGCAGCAGGAAUUAACUCAUCAGGAGCACAGAGUCAUGCUGGUCAACUCCAUGAACACCGUCAAAGAGCUGCUGCCCGUUCUCAUCUCAGGCAUCAAGAUCUUCGUAACGACCAGGACGUCUCAGGGUAAAGGUGUGGAGGAGGCCCUGAAGAACAGGAACUUCACUGUGGAGAAGAUGAGCGCAGAAAUCAUUGAAAUCAUCCGCGUGCUGCAGCUCACGUCCUGGGACGAGGACGCCUGGGCCAGUAAGGACACAGAGGCUAUGAAGAGAGCGCUGGCUCUGAUCGACUCCAAAAUGGCCCAAGCCAAGAACUGGCUCCGAGACCCACACGCCCAGCCAGGUGACCCGGGCGAACAGGCCAUCCGUCAGAUUCUGGAUGAAGCGGGUAAAGUUGGUGAGCUCUGCGCUGGGAAAGAGAGACGAGACAUCGUGGGAACGGCCAAAACACUUGGACAACUUACUGAGCAGGUGUCCGAGCUGCGGGCCAGGGGUCAGGGAGCGAGUCCGGUGGCCAUGCAGAAAGCGCAGCAGGUGUCUCAGGGUCUGGACGUCCUGAUAGGGAAAGUGGAAAAUGCUGCGCGUAAACUGGAGGCCAUGACCGGCUCCAAACAAGCCAUCGCCAAGAGGAUCGACACCGCUCAGAGCUGGCUGGCGCAUCCUCACGGCGGUCCGGAGGGAGAGGAGAACAUCAGGGCUCUUCUGGGAGAAGCCAGGAAGAUCGCGGAUCUCUGCGAAGAUCCCAAGGAGCGAGAGGAUAUCCUGCGCAGCAUGGGCGAGAUCGCCGGCCUCACCGCCAAACUCUCCGAGCUCAAGAGAGCCUCUCCUCACACUCCGUCAGCGCUGACCUCUUCACGUGUGUGUGUGUGUGUGUGUGUGUGUGCAGGUCAGGCUGCGAUCCGCGGGCUGCUGGCCGAGGGCCGGCGUCUGGCCAAUGCUCUGCCGGCGUCGCAGAGACAGGAUCUGCUGGGUAAGUGUGAGGAGGUGGAGCACCUGAUGGGGCAGUUAGCCGAGCUGGCGGCCCGCGGGGAGGGAGACGGUCCUCAGGCCCGCGCCAUCGCUCAGCACCUGCAGGACACACUCAAGGAUCUGAAGGGUAAGAUGCAGGAAGCCAUGACUCAGGAGGUGUCUGAUAUCUUCAGUGACACGACUACGCCGGUCAAACUGCUGGCGGUGGCAGCCACGGCUCCUCCAGAUGCGCCCAACAGAGAGAAGGUGUUCGAGGAGCGGGCUGCAAACUUUGAGAAUCACGCGGGUCGUCUGGGAGCCACGGCGGAGAAAGCGGCCGCAGUCGGCACGGCCAACAAGAGCACGGUGGAGGGAAUCCAGACGGCCGUCAAAUCAGCCCGAGAUCUGACGCCUCAGGUCGUCUCUGCAGCUCGGAUCCUCCUGAAGAAUCCUGGAAACCAGGCGGCUUAUGAACACUUUGAGACCAUGAAGAAUCAGUGGAUCGACAAUGUCGAGAAAAUGACGGGUCUGGUGGAUGAAGCGAUCGACACCAGGUCUCUGCUGCAUGCAUCAGAAGAAGCCAUUAAGAAAGAUCUGGACAAGUGUCAGGUAGCUAUGGCCAAUCACCAGCCUCAGAUGCUGGUCGCCGGGGCAACCAGCAUUGCCCGGCGAGCCAAUCGGAUCCUGCUGGUGGCGAAGCGAGAGGUGGAGAACUCCGAGGACCCCAAGUUCAGAGAGACCGUGAAAGUGGCGUCUGAUGAGCUCAGCAGAACCAUCUCACCGAUGGUCAUGGACGCCAAAGCCGUGGCCGCCAACAUACAGGACCAAGGCCUUCAGAGGGGCUUCCUGGACUCGGGUUAUAAGAUCCUGGGUGCCGUGGCUAAAGUGCGGGAGGUGUUCCAGCCGCAGGAGCCAGAUUUCCCUCCUCCACCUCCAGACCUGGAGAACCUGCAGAUUAGCGACACCGCCGCUCCUCCCAAACCGCCCCUGCCGGAGGGUGAGGUGCCUCCUCCCAGACCUCCGCCGCCGGAGGAGAAGGACGAAGAGUUCCCGGAGCAGCAGGCCGGAGAGAUGGUCAGUGAGCCCAUGAUGGUGGCCGCGAGGCAGCUGCACGACGAGGCCCGCAAGUGGUCCAGCAAGGGUAAUGACAUCAUCGGAGCCGCCAAGCGCAUGGCUCUGCUGAUGGCCGAGAUGUCUCGACUGGUCCGGGGCGUCAGCGGGAAUAAGAGGGCGCUCAUCCAGUGCGCCAAAGACAUCGCCAAAGCCUCAGAUGAGGUCACGCGCCUCGCCAAAGAGGUCGCCAAACAGUGCACAGACAAACGCAUACGAACCAACUUACUGCAGGUGUGUGAGAGGAUUCCCACCAUCAGCACACAGCUGAAGAUCCUCUCCACGGUCAAGGCCACCAUGUUGGGACGCACCAACAUCAGCGAGGAGGAAUCCGAGCAGGCCACAGAGAUGCUGGUCCAUAACGCUCAGAACCUGAUGCAGUCGGUGAAGGAGACGGUGAGAGAAGCCGAGGCCGCCUCCAUCAAGAUCCGCAUGGACGCCGGGUUCACCCUGCGCUGGGUCCGCAAGACGCCCUGGUACCAGUGAGGCAGGAGCCGGCGCGAUAUCCCAGCAUGCACUGGGGGACGCUUUGCAGUCCAGGUCCUAAAUGUCAACGCAGACGUGUCGUUCACAUCUGGACUCAACUAUUCCGUAUCAAAACUGUUGUUCUUGAAUGUCGAUGAGUGUCAAAGAAGGGACGUAAACUUGCUCGAUUGCUUUUCUAAUGAUUUAUUUUGUUUUGAUGGAUCCCAGUUUAAUAUUUUUUUGAGGGAAAGUGCUGAUUUUUCAGAAAGAUCAUAUCUUCAUUUUUUUUUUUUUUUACAGA